UAACAAUUAGUUAUGGGGUCAGGUUGUCAAAGAAACGCCAAACUUUAUUUCAUCGUCCUUAUCUAUGGAAAAGCUAUCUUUGCGUCACCUAAUGCUAUUUUUAGACCCUUUUACGUCUCGGUUAAGGCUGGGAAGUCGGGGAUUUUUGCUAGGCAGCCGAGGUUUCAAGUACCCUUUUGGGAACGAGGUUACGCGCAUACCGUCUCCUGCACAAUGGUGUUUCAGGCUGUCAAAGAAUCCCCAAACUUUAUUUCAUCGUCCUUCUAUGGAACAGCACUUUUAAUCCACUCUGAGGUGCGGCACCUAUCUUUACCCGAUUUAUGAGUAACAAUUAGUUAUGGGGUUUCAGGCUGUCAAAGAACCGCCAAAAUUUAUUUCAUCGUCCUUAUCUAUGGAACAGCAUUCUUAAUCCACUCUGAG